GGGUUGAGGGUUUGUGAAAAAUGCCCGGAUGUCGUUAAAUCACGCGCGUCGUCCGCAGCCCACAUCUUGGACGUCUGCUCGGGUGGAGUUGCAGCUAGUGGCGUGGAGGCUCACGUGUUUCUCAUGAGCAAAGAGGACAAGUUGAUUGAAUCGGCAAAGAAAUCGCUGAUCAAAGCAGUAGACUAUGACAAAAAGGAGAAACUAAUGAUGCUCUGCGCCAUUACAUGGAUGGAAUCGACUUCUUGGACUAAGGCGUUCAAAGCGUCGAUCGAAGCGAACAGUGUGGGCCAUGGCUAUGACAAGAUCUUUGGCAGAUGUCUAGAUGACAAGCUGACCGCCGUUAGCGUUCAAGACGCAUAUGUCUGCGCACACCACCAGAUUCUGAAUUUUGUGCGAUUUUGUGAACUCGUUGUUGGCAACGCUCCAAAUAUUCGAUGCAUUACUUUGCGCACUGGAAUGGAGGCGCGAAAUAAUCAGGUUGCUUUCGACGAGCUAACCCAGAGCUUGGAGAAAGUCAACGUCGUUCUCAAAGUGGAAUUCAGUCCUUCAAUUCAUGACAGGGAGAUAAGGUUCAAUAACGGGUGGAUUCGUUAA